CAGCAUCAUCACAGGCAUGACUAGAACACAAGGUAACAACAGCACCACCACCACAGACAUGACUAGAACACAAGGUAACAACAGCAUCGCCAGAGACAUGACUAGAACACAAGGUAACAACAAGAUCACCACAGACAUAACUAGAACACAAGGUAACAACAGCACCACCACAGACAUGACUAGAACACAAGGUAACAACAGCAUCACCACCACAGACAUGACUAGAACACAAGGUAACAACAGCACCACCACAGACAUGACUAGAACACAAGGUAACAACAGCAUCACCACCACAGACAUGACUAGAACACAAGGUAACAACAGCAUCACCACAGACAUGACUAGAACACAAGGUAACAACAGCACCACCACAGACAUGACUAGAACACAAGGUAACAACAGCACCACCACAGACAUGACUAGAACACAAGGUAACAGCAUCACCACCACAGACAUGACUAGAACACAAGGUAACAACAGCAUCACCACCACAGACAUGACUAGAACACAAGGUAACAACAGCAUCACCACAGACAUGACUAGAACACAAGGUAACAACAGCAUCACCACCACAGACAUGACUAGAACACAAGGUAACAACAGCAUCACCACCACAGACAUGACUAGAACACAAGGUAACAACAGCACCACCACAGACAUGACUAGAACACAAGGUAACAACAGCACCACCACAGACAUGACUAGAACACAAGGUAACAACAGCAUCACCACCACAGACAUGACUAGAACACAAGGUGUUAUGAUGUUCUCUGGCAUUGUUCUGGGUGUUGUUCUACUACUGCUGGGUCUGCUGCUGUUCAUGUUCUUUAGACAGAGGAGAGACAGAGACAGGAGACCAACAGAUCCAGACACAGGAACCAUCACUAACCCCAUCUACGCCACAGCAACCAAUCAGAACCCAGAUACAGCCUGUGACAUCACCACCAUCCAUACCAACGCAACCAAUCCUCGUCGAGAUGACAUCCACUUCAACGUUGGUCCGUCUACAGAGGUUUCAGACAAUGUGACCUAUGCUACUGUCAACUUCCCCAGAGAUCCAUCCUGUCUCCACUAUGCUACUGUCAACUUCCCCAGAGAUCCAGCCUGUCUCCACUGUGCUACUGUCAACUUCCCCAGAGAUCCAGCCUGUCUCCACUAUGCUACUGUCAACUUCCCCAGAGAUCCAGCCUGUCUCCACUAUGCUACUGUCAACUUCCCCAGAGAUCCAUCCUGACUCCACUAUGCUACUGUCAACUUCCCCUGAGAUCCAGCCUGUCUCCACUAUACUACUGUCAACUUCCCCUGAGAUCCAGCCUGUCUCCACUGUGCUACUGUCAACUUCCCCAGAGAUCCAGCCUGACUCCACUAUGCUACUGUCAACUUCCCCAGAGAUCCAGCCUGUCUCCACUAUGCUACUGUCAACUUCCCCAGAGAUCCAGCCUGUCUUCACUAUACUACUGUCAACUUCCCCUGAGAUCCAGCCUGACUCCACUAUGCUACUGUCAACUUCCCCAGAGAUCCAGCCUGACUCCACUAUGCUACUGUCAACUUCCCCUGAGAUCCAGCCUGUCUCCACUGUGCUACUGUCAACUUCCCCAGAGAUCCAGCCUGUCUCCACUAUACUACUGUCAACUUCCCCUGAGAUCCAGCCUGUCUCCACUAUGCUACUGUCAACUUCCCCUGAGAUCCAGCCUGUCUCCACUAUGCUACUGUCAACUUCCCCUGAGAUCC